AUGUCGUCAAUCGACCACGUCAACAAGUCAAUUUUAAAUCCGGAUGGCGGACCGUCGCCUUCCUUCAGGCGAAAAUUCGAAGAGCUGGGUACUCCUGUACUCAAAGAAAGCCCAGAUACUUUCCAGAAUCAAAUAAAACAACACUCAUUGAAGCCGAAAUCGUCAACUUUGGACCUCAUAGACGACACAAAAUUAACUUCUUUACCACUCCCUCCACCCGCCAAAUCCAGGAAAAUGGACAGUGAAACAUGUAACGACUCUAUGAUAAUCAACACUACCUAUGACAUGUCAUAUGAUGAUAGUUUUGAUGUUGGAGACGACCCAAUAGUACUAGUUGAAGACUACGUUCAGAAACCUGAAAAGCUGCCCCAUUCGAAGAAAAAAGCCCAUGAACAUGCUGUGUCCCGUAAACAGUCGCUUGACAUCUUCAAGCGAAGACUCAACAAAUAUGAGACUCUGAGUCUCUUGUCGUGCAAUUCCACUGUUCUGACCAGCAAUAUGACUGUAAGUGGUAAGCGCAAAAUUUCAGAGGAGCUGACAACAACGUCCGAGACUUAUGCCACCCGGCCCAAAGAAGACAUAGAAGAGAUCUUUGGCAAGAUUCCUGGUUCCGACAAUCUCAAAUAUUGCGAUAUCUGUAAUAGGCCGCUUUACGAAAUAAGCACCGUAAUAUCUAACAAUAAGCGGCCAAAAAAAGAAUACACCACAAAUAGCCAGCCCACGAAAUCGUUAUACAAGGAGUUUGUCUGUUGGGAGUGUGUGGACACAUACGAGGAAUUUUUCAACGAACUUUACUGGACAGAAAGCAGGACGGAAACUUCACAUCAAACAGGCGAUACCCAAUGUAACCAAAACUUACUACGAAUGUUCAAAGAUAUCCUGCAGAAGUAUCAAAUAGAACCAGCACAAGGCACAUUUUCGCCUCUGUUACUUGGAACUUUACACCACCAUCUCGGACAAGGAGAACGACAUCUUGAUCUCGCCUGGUUGGAACGCUUACGACAAAAACUACGCUGGAGAUGGCGCCUCAAUGGGCUCAUUCCACAUCCCUUUGGUGCCAACUAG